AUAAACACAGCUGGCUGUUCGUCGAGUGUAACUUAACAGUAACUUAACAUAAAAAGGUGAAAUAUCAUGCUGCUUUUUAUUACCUUUAGAUCGCAGUACCAAUAUAUGUCUGCACGAGACUUGCUAACGGUUAGCAAACGAACUUAGCUAUAGUCAGUCAUUAAGUUAUUAUAUAAGUUUGUGGAAACAACCUCCAGCCUGAAGUUUUGAUUGUUUUAGAAAGUUGAUGAUUCGAUCAGGAUGCAUCAGGAGGAUGAAGAUGACACCAAUCCACCAGAGGAGUUUAUAGGACUGUCUGAUUUCACGAGCUGCGGCAGCUACCAGCUGAGUUUCAGAGCUGGAGACAGGAUGCUGGUCCACACUAAGACGUCAGCUGACUGGUGGUGGGCGGAGCUAGGAGGCCUCUGUGGCUAUGUUCCAUCCAGUUACCUGAAACAAGGUGUGGAGGACAGUUACCUAAAACAAGGUGUGGCGGAGGACACCUCAGAGGACCCCUGGCAGGAUGAAGAGUACUUUGGCAGCUAUGGAACACUGAGGCUUCAACUGGAGAUGAUGAGUGACCGAGCGAGGACAGAGGCGUACCGCCAGGUGAUCCUGACCAACAGCGCCCCCCUCAGGGGGAAGGUGGUUAUGGAUUUGGGCUGUGGCACCGGAGUCAUCAGCCUCUUCUGUGCCCGCCUGGCCCAGCCCAAAGCUGUGUAUGCAGUGGAGGCCAGCUCCAUAGCAGAAUACACUGAGACCCUGGUGAGGCAGAACGGCUGUGAGGAGGUAGUGACAGUCUUCCAGGGUCGGGCUGAGGAGCUGGAGCUACCAGGCAGAGUAGACAUCCUGAUCUCAGAGUGGAUGGGCAACUGUCUGCUGUUUGAGUUCAUGGUGGAGUCGGUGUUGCAGGCGCGGGACCGCUGGCUGAGAGAGGGGGGGAUGAUGUGGCCCUCUGGGGCCACUCUCUGCCUGGUCCCCUGUCAGGCCCUGGACUACUACACAGAGAGGAUGGGCUUCUGGGAGCAGCCCUACGGACUGGACUUCACUGCCCUCCAAUCCCUGGCCCAGUCAGAGUUCUUCUCCAGGCCCAGGUUCAGCCACCUACUCCAGCCUGAAGACUGCCUGGCCAACCCCUGUGAUGUCAUCACUCUGGACAUGCUCACGCUGCAUGUUACAGAUCUAGAGGAGCUGAGGGGCCAGUUUACCUUCGUCGUGGAAAAGGCCGGGACGUUCCACGGGUUCACUUCCUGGUUCAGAGUUCAGUUCCAGAGCCUGGAGAGAGACAAAACCACAUUGGCGUUAGACACUGGGCCCUACUCUGAGCCAACCCACUGGAAGCAGACUCUGUUCAUGUUGGACAGGCCAAUCUCGCUGCUCGGUGGAGAGACGGUGUCUGGAACCAUCCUUCUACACCGGAACCCCAUCUGGAGACGUCACAUGACCGUUACCAUCCAAUGGAGCAUCAGCAGCACAGAGGAAACAGGAAACUGCAAGGUCCAGACAAAGAGUUUCCCCAUGUGGAGAUGAUGACAUCACAGGCUAUCAUUGAAGGAUGUAGCAGCCAGACCUCUCUGAUACUAGCCUGGUCCCAGAUCUGUUUGUGGCUUUGCCUACGCCAUUGUCAUUGUUAAGCCAAACAUGACAAUUCCAUAAGGAGUGUUGUGGAAAUUACCACCAGGGACUCCAAGUCAAACUUAAACGAAUCAUUCUUUAUUAUCAGCAAGCUGGAGAGGUUCCAACAAACUUAAUGCACCAAGUAGUACACGUCUGUCAGGAGCUCUGUCGGGGCAGUCCCGUUAGUUAUCUUAUAUACUGCUUACACAGACAAGUUAUAUUUGCAUGAUUUACAUUAUUCA